UACAAAUUCAACUCUCUUAAAUGUUUCUUUUAUUCGCCCGAAUGGGGCAAAAUGAACUUGUGCGAAAUCAAAGCCAUCGAUCGGAAACACAACAUGAUGAAUAUUGAAGGCAUUCUAAACCAGACCAUAACGGAGAUUGAAAUAAAUUUUAAAAUGUUGAAACGCGAAAGCGGCGGCUGGCAUCCCUUCAUGUAUGACAUAACAAUGGAUGUUUGCAAGUUUUUUAAGAAUCGCAGAUCUUUUUUCAUACCCAACCUGAUUUAUUCAUUUUUGAAGCCAUUUACCAAUUUCAACCAUACCUGCCCGUAUCCGGCCGGAUCAGUGCUACAAUUGUGGAACUGGACUCCGAAUGAAAAUGGUGUCCUUGCCGUUUUUCCCGUGGAUCACGGUCAGUAUGCUCUGCAUACCACUUGGUUUAUUAAAAAAGUUCCUGUUCUUAAAAUCGAUGGAUCUGUUUUGUUUUUUAAAUAA